UUCAUUUUAGACACCAUACAAGAAAUGAAUGGCAAGAUAAAAAAAAUGAGGGAGCCUUUUCCGAGGCUAAUUGAAGUUUCUGUGGAGGAAGAACCACGCAAGAAAAGGAAGGAACCCGCACAAAAAAAAGAGGCCAAGCGCCAGAAGGCUGCAGCACAGGAAGCGCUGCACAGGCAAAUCUUGGAGGAGCAUAAGGGAAAUGAACUGCACUCCGAUGAUGAAGUCGACAGCUUAAAGAAACAAAUUGAUGAGCUUAGGUUGAAUGAACAGAGGAAAGACUCAGAAAUUAGGCGGCUGAAGAAGGACUUGCGGGCAGCAGAAGACAAAAUCGGUAGACUUACAGAUGCCCUACUUGACAAGAUAGGUAAGUACAGGAUGCAUUUCUUGGUGAUUCAUUACUAACAAGAACA